CAUUUUUAGUCAAGUGUGAAUUUUUUAUACUUUCAGAUUUUUAUUCUUACUUUUCAACUGUGAUAUUUCUCUGAAUGGUCUCUCCAUAAAGAUAAUGUAUUGGACGUUCGAUAGCGGGAAGGUGUCAAAAAUUGACACAAUCUUAGAAAAUGAAAAUGUUUCUCUCAAUGAGAUACUGGAGCAGGAGGAUAUUAUCCAGGAGUGUAAAAACCAGAACAAGAAGUUGGUGGAUUUUCUAGCAAAAGCUGAAGUUAUUGCUCAGCUUCUAGAUCUAAUUCUAAUGGAGCCUGAUGAAGAAAUUGAUGAGAAGAUCCGAUACAAACUCCCAAAUAUCGCGAGUGAGCUAAUUACAUGCGAUAUCCAGGCGAUCAACGAGUCCCUUGUUGGAAACACCCAGCUGAUGGAUCGAAUGAUAUCCUUCCUGGACACGAAGUCGACAUUGAACCCUCUCCUCUCCUCGUUCUUUAGCAAGGCAUUCGGGGUCCUUAUCACACGGAGAUCCGACCAGAAUUGGUAUUCCUAUCAGUUUACCACCGUUCAAGUUCUGACAUACAUCAAGACCCGCCCCGGGUUCACCGGCCUACUUCUCCGUCAUGUUCAUACCUCUGCCGUCAUGGAUCUGCUGCUCCGCCUUAUUACCUGUGUGGAAGGGAAAGAGAAUAGAGAGAUGAUUCUUAAGUGGCUAAAUGAUGAGAAAUUGAUCGAGGACAUUAUUCAACUAUUCUCCAGUAAACAGCAACCUCUGAACACAACGGAGGCUGUUGGUGAUAACCCGCAUCAGAUACAGGAGAAUCAGGAGGCUCCUGGACAAGAACCGGAAGUAGGAGUAGGACAGGAAGUAGAAGGUGCUGGGGAAGGAGAAGGUUCCGGGGAAGGAGAUGGUGAGGAUGAACCGAUGUCUGUGGAGACCGAUGAACCUCUGGCUACAAUCAAUCCAACGGAGGAAAAAACUUACGAGGAGUUGAUGAAUGAGAAGGAUAAGCAUGACAACGCCGGUCAGCUUCUAGUUGAGAUUAUCCGUGUGUCACGUGAUGCCCUGCUGGCACCAACAGAUGAUAAUUUUCUUGAUAACUCUCUUCUUCACACAGCAGAGUCUAAACAAACAGCUGAGUUGCUGUUGGACGUGAUGCUUGAAGCUCCUCUCCGUGAAUCUGUGAUAGUGAACGGUAUCUCUGUACUCCUGGUUCUACUAGAUGUACGGAAACCAGCCCCUCAAGGACAAGCCCAUUAUCCUUACACAUCUGAUCAGGAUAACAUGCCAAACACAGCCGAGUUUGCGAGGCAGGAGCAGGUCAUGAUACAAACCGUUGAGGCCAUCAUCCCUCGUCUACCUGACCUCGUCUCUAUCCUCUCAAAUCCUCCAACUAAACCUCCAGUUCACACAACAGCAGGGAUACUAGAUCCCCCCCUCGGACCCACCAGGCUUGCUAUUUGCAAACUGAUGGCGGCCAUAUUGGGAACCCAGGUUUCAGUUUUAAAUCCAGCUUUAGCUCAGACAUCAUUUCUCUCUUCCACACUCAAUUUGUUCUUCAAAUAUUCUCUUAAUAACUUUCUUCAUUUACAGGUUCUGUCCUGUAUACGUAGUAUAUUAACUUGGAAGGCUCGGCCCCCUCCAACCCCUCUCGACACUACAGCUGUGAAUCUUGAUGAACCCCCUUUAGAUGAUGUCCUUCAAACACCAAAGGUUACACUUGACACGACCAACCCUCCUGAACCCUGUGAAGCUAACACUGCUGAUGCUGUUCUUGAUCUUCCAGAGAACCCGCUUCUUCUUCAACUCUUUACUGAUGCUAGGUUACUAGAACUCCUAGUUAGAGCCUGGAAUAUGGAGUUUACUCCUAAUAUCUCCUAUAUGGGCCAUGUUACUCAAAUCUGUAACAAAAUUGAAGAAGUAAGAAAAGGAUCGGAAGAUCUUAUGGAAAACACUUAUAACAGAGUUCUUCUAAACCAGCUUUUUGAAAAAUUGUCCCCGGAGGAGAAAGGUGCCUGGGAUGAGAUAUUAUCAGGCAAGCUGGCGGAAACAAAUAAACGGAAUGAGAUUCCGCCGACAAGAGAGGAUCGACGCAACUUGAGCAGUGACGAUGAUUCAGAUUUCAGGGAUAUUCAUUUUCCUCAAGAUACUGCACUACAACAGAUGUAUUCUGAUUACCAGAUCCAGCAGAUGAGUGAAAACUUUGUCGAAACUUUCGGAUACAACGAUGAUGACUUCAAUGAUGCUGAAGAUGGUGUGAGAGGAUUGGGUAAAAUGAGCCCAGCGGUAAACUUUCUGAUGAAUACUGAUGAUAAUACUAAGAAAGCAAUUUUCGAAUCCAUUUGUGAGGGCAGACCUACUCGGGGGGAAGUGGAUUCUGACGAGGAAGAUGAUGAAGAUAUUUGGGCAGAGAGAACAGCGGAGCUUUCCUUUGGAGGUCGAAACAAUGCAGAUAUAUCCAAGGAUGAAGGCAAGGAUGAGAAUAAUAGUAGUGAGGAGGAGGAGAAUGUGCAAAUGGAAGUUGAUGUAGAUCGUAAGUAUUAUUAUUAUUAUUAACAAUCAACCUACAGU